CUUCCCCGCUUCUAUAAGUGUACCCCAUGCUCACGUUUUAUACCGUCCUCCUCGUUGUCUCUUUGUUUCAGUUCCUCUUGUAUUCUCUUUCUUAGGGUUAGGGUUUUCUCAAUCUCUUUCUUUUUUGCAGCAAAGGCUUUUGUUUAGUUUCUUCAAUGGCUCAGCAGGAGGUGCAGAAUGGAGGAGCGGAGAAGGCAGCGUCUGUGAAGUUCACGGCGGUGAAACCACAGCUGUUGGUGGAGGCACCGAAGGCAGUUGAUGCAGUGCAGUUCUACAAGAUCGCCUUUGGCGCUGUUGAGGCUGGCCGUACUGUUUACCCUAAGCGCAAGGCUGAGCAGGAGCUCCCUCACAUCCUCUCUGCUCAGCUUGAGCUUGCUGGCUCUACCAUUCUGGUAUCUGACAUCGCUGAUGACUCUGCUCCGGUGAAAACAGAGGGGACGGGAUGUGUUCUCUGCCUUGAGACCGAGGACGUGGAAGCUGCUGUUGCCAAGGCCGUGGGCGCUGGAGCCGUUGUGGAGGGUGAGAUAACUGAGGGCGACGGCGCGUGCUGUGGUGGUCGCGUGGGCAAGAUUAAGGAUCCCUAUGGAUACGUUUGGCUUAUCUGCUCCCCCUCCAAGAAAUGCGCAGACGUGGAAGCUUAGAUGUCGUCCAUCUUUGAAUAACUUUUGUUUGACCCUGUGCUUUAAUUUAUGUGGUGGGUGGGACCCUUAGUCAGAAAAAGGUUUCCAGGCGGUAGGGAUUCGGCGAUCAGUUGAGUUAGACUCUGGUAUUGAAUAUUUUGAUACUGCUCCAUCCUGAACCUUCGGUAAUUUUGAAGUAUAAAAUAAAAAAAAGGCUGGAUUAUCUUUUAAUCUACUGUUUCAGUUGCAGUUAAUACCGUUUUUAUUUUUAGUUCUGUGUUAGCAAGAUUCAAACUGCGUAUUUAGACCAGCAAGUUUCUGUCACG